GUGGUGGACAUCAUGCGAGUCAACGUCGACAAGGUCCUAGAGAGAGAUCAGAAGCUCUCGGAGCUGGACGACCGUGCCGACGCCCUUCAAGCCGGAGCCUCCCAAUUCGAAACCAGCGCCGCCAAGCUUAAGCGCAAAUACUGGUGGAAGAACUUAAAGAUGAUGAUAAUUCUGGGGGUGAUAUGCGCCAUUAUCUUGAUCAUCAUCAUUGUUUACUUCAGUACUUAGUGGGAAUUCUCCGAGACGUUUCCCCAACCAGGAGCAGCGGCCAGGAGAGGCGCAGGGGCCCGAGUCUUCCAGCGCCCAGCUUUCCCGCCAUACCCCGCCCCUCCCGACUCCU